CGCGGCCUGCGCGGAGCAGCGGGAGGCCAUUGUGGCUGGGGCGGCCCUGCGAGGCGGAGGCGGCGGCCGCGGAGGAGGAGAGGGAGGAGGAGGCGGCGGCUGUGGCGGCGGGGGCUGCCGCCGCGGCCCGGCCUGUCUCGUCCCGCUGGAGCCCUCUGAGGGACGACACGAUCUUGAAACCUGUACCAGGUCCUUGAGAGAGAAAACUACAUGACACUACACCAUGAGUGACAGUAAAUGUGAUAGUCAAUUUUACAGUGUUCAAGUUGCAGAUUCAACGUUCACUGUACUAAAACGUUAUCAGCAAUUGAAGCCCAUAGGAUCAGGGGCACAGGGCAUUGUUUGUGCUGCGUUUGAUACAGUCCUUGGAAUAAAUGUUGCUGUAAAGAAGUUGAGUCGUCCUUUUCAGAAUCAAACCCAUGCAAAAAGAGCUUACAGAGAGCUUGUUCUUUUAAAAUGUGUCAACCACAAAAAUAUAAUUAGUUUAUUAAAUGUAUUUACACCACAGAAAUCACUAGAAGAAUUUCAGGAUGUAUACUUGGUUAUGGAGCUGAUGGAUGCCAAUUUGUGCCAAGUUAUUCAUAUGGAAUUGGAUCAUGAAAGAAUGUCCUAUCUUCUUUACCAGAUGCUAUGUGGUAUCAAACAUCUUCACUCAGCUGGUAUCAUCCACAGAGAUUUGAAACCCAGCAACAUAGUAGUAAAAUCAGAUUGUACGCUCAAAAUCCUUGAUUUUGGACUGGCAAGAACAGCGUGUACUAAUUUUAUGAUGACUCCAUAUGUAGUAACACGGUAUUAUAGAGCACCAGAGGUUAUCCUUGGAAUGGGCUAUAAAGAAAAUGUGGAUAUCUGGUCUGUUGGGUGCAUUAUGGCAGAAAUGGUCCUCCAUAAGGUCCUGUUCCCAGGAAGAGAUUAUAUUGAUCAGUGGAAUAAAGUUAUUGAACAAUUAGGAACGCCGUCAGCGGACUUCAUGAAGAAACUACAGCCUACAGUGAGGAAUUAUGUAGAAAACAGGCCCAAAUAUCCUGGUAUUAAAUUUGAAGAGCUCUUCCCAGACUGGAUAUUUCCAUCAGAAUCUGAUCGUGACAAGUUAAAAACCAGCCAAGCUAGAGAUUUAUUAUCAAAAAUGCUUGUAGUAGAUCCAGACAAGAGAAUUUCUGUAGAUGAAGCCUUACGUCAUCCUUAUAUUACUGUCUGGUAUGACCCAGCUGAAGCAGAAGCUCCUCCACCCCAAAUCUAUGAUGCACAAUUGGAAGAAAGAGAACAUGCAAUUGAAGAAUGGAAAGAGUUAAUAUACAAAGAAGUAAUGGAUUGGGAAGAAAGGAGCAAGAAUGGUGUGGUAAAAGAUCAGCCCUCAGAUGCAGCAGUGAAUAGCAACACCAGUCCUUCCCAGUCAUCAUCUAUCAAUGACAUUUCAUCCAUGUCAACAGAGCAAACAUUGGCUUCAGAUACAGACAGCAGCCUCGAUGCCUUGACAGGACCCCUUGAAGGAUGCCGAUGAUCAGCCAGGAUUGCAGACUUAACUUUGGAAAAAGAACUCUCGCUUCCAUUGGGCCUGAAUUGCUUGUAAGUUAAUGGAACAAAACUAGAAAAACUCCAUGUUCUGCAUGUUCUACUAAAGUAAUGCCUGUUUUUAUUUUUACUCAGUUGUUAUGAAACUGCCUGCUUAAUGUUGUAGAACUUAAAUCAAUGUCUAAGGAACAACAACAAAAAAUAAAUUUAGACACUAUAAUAGGCUUUUCUUUUGUUUCAGCCUAUUUCAGGUGAGCAGUUAUAAUAGACUUUUAACCAAUAACUUCUCUUAAAUGAGUUCAUGAAUCUUCAGUACCAACUGGCAGGCUUUUGUGACAUCAGUGGUUGUUUACAUUUUAGUACAGUAUUGCUCAUUAGUAGGUUUUUUGAAUGUAUAGUGUCUAUGAAGUUUGUUUGAACAUGUGACUUUGGCAGUUUGCUUUAUUUAACUACUGGAGUGUUGUGUGUAAGUGUUAAUUCACAUAUUGAACACUCAGUACUAUAUUUAAAGGGCAGUUAUUUUUACAUAUAGCACUUUUUAUUGAGCCCUUUCUAUCCACUUCCUAAUAAUUCUGUCUAUCUUCUUGUAGAAGAGAAAAUUGUGAAGUUUAAAGAAUGUAGCCAUCCCUUCAUAUUUCACCAAUGAAUAUGUCUCUGACGUUCUUUUCAGUUAUUUAAACUGAAGUGGAUGGAAGACACACAGUGGCUUAGUUCAAUCUUAAGGAUGAGUGACUUCUCUGUGAAGUUGUGCCUGUUAAAAGAGGGGAGAGUGCUAAAUUGUUCUGUACAUUCUGUCUUGCAAUAGUAGUCCUUUAACAAAAACAAACAAAAAAGGAAAUUAUAUGUGUGCUUUUCAUUCAGUGCAAACUGAUAAAAAGGACAGGUGAAUUGGAGAGACUUGCAGCCUAAGUGGCCUGAAAAAGAGCUGCAUAAAUGUUUUCCAUUUUUUAAUGGGUCCAUGCUAUCUAGAGAGUAAUUAAGGAAACAAAUGUAGUAGCUUUAAGUCAUUUGACAAUUAAGUUAAAGUAUUUACUUAAUUGAAUUUAGCUCUAUUCCCAAAUUAGGAAAACCUCUCAAUUUCCUACUGGAGAGGGAAAAUUAAUAUAUUUAAUACAUAUAUAUUUUCUAAAUACAGUGUCAGAGGAGAGGAGCUUAUUUGCUGUUUCAAUAGAAGCUUGUCAAUGCAGUUUUCAGAAUUGUAUAAUACAAACACUGCCUGCACAGUAUGUUGAAUUCUUAGAAAAUGUUUGCAGUAGAGUAGGGCUUAAAUUACCAGAUGCUACACACUUGUGAAUUUGUGCACAUUCACUUUAGAGUGCACAGGUGUGUAAAAUUUUGCUAAAGGAUCUUAUGUGUGCAUGUGUGUAUGAUUAAACUAUGUAACUAUAAUAGUAAUGGAUGUCCAAGAUGAGGUAAAACACCACUUUCCUAAAGGCAUUGUAUUUAGCUGUUGAUUCAGAUACUGCUGACUUGAAUUUAAAAAGAGCACUUACAAAAUACACUUGUGCAGCUAGCCACUGCGUUACUGACAUGUCUAGUACAUUCUUGUAAAAGACAAGUGUCCCUUCUUUCUGACCUUAAGAUUUGAAAAAGCAGUAACUUUAUGCCAAAAUUGCUUUUGUUAAAUUGUAUCCAUGUGUUUUUAAAUAGCUUAAUUCGGUGUAGCAAAACCUUCACUGUCCCAGAAAAGGAAAAUUCAAUGAAGUACUUAAGAUGUUAACUUCAGAAUUUUCGUCUGGAAUUAUGAACUUUUUAUUAAAAAAAUAAAUAAAUCAGUUUUAUUGAAUUGUAGGAUACUGAGGGCUUUUUGUUGUUGUUGUUUUGUUUUAAACCUAUGGAUACCUUAGUUUCUUUGGAUACUGAUGGUACAUUUUUAUUGUUUUUGUUACUGGAAAAAAAUAAAUCUAAAAUACCUUUUACCAGAUAGCAAUACAGUACAGGUUGCUUUUUUUUUUUUUUCUUUUUAAUCCUUGUUAUUUGUGCCAGUUAAAAUUAUUAAAGACACCUUUUCAGAAGUAACAUUAGUGAUUUUGGAUUACUUUUAAUCCUCCCCCCCUUCCUUCCAUAUAAGAAUAUUUUUAUAUUCUUUAUUCACUAUGGAAGUCAUUUACUGGAUUUCAUUUUUCAAGAUUUAUUUUUAGCUUUUUCAAGUGAAGUUGCACUGUACUUUACAUUCAUCAUUUUAACAUUUAUUGCUUCAGAAGAUUUAAUGCAACAAAUACUUUUCAUGUCUUUUGGAUAUGCUCAAAGUUGAGUUUUUCAUAUCGGACUUGGGCUGCUCAGCGCUGGGCUGGUUGGACCAGAUGGCCUCCAGGUCUCUCCCAACCCAAAUUACUCUGUGAUUCAAAUCGUCUUUUAAUGUUGUGUGUGUGUUUGUUUGUUUUUUUUUAACACAGAACUGCCCUAUCCCCAGGAUUUGAACUGGUAUCUGACCUUCUAGUAUAUACUGUUACAUCAAAUAUGUAAUCUUUGAACAAAAUAAGCCCUGAGAUUGAGCUUCCUUGUAAAUCCUAUUGUUUGUAGGAAAAGCCAUUUCAUACUGUAUGUUUUUAAUGGCUUCUUGCUAUGCCAUACUUUGAAGCUUCUAAAUUUUACCAAAAUGUUACUGCCUUCAAAACAUGCAUGAAAUGAAAGGUGUGAAUAUUGUGGAUUUUGAUUCUCGCAUAACUUAAAAGCAAACUGCUAAUAACCUGAAUAAAUGUCCAGUUCUUAGAGAAGGCAGAUAAACAGAUUAUAUUCAGCAAAACGCAUGCAGGAUAGAUGCAUGCUAAAGCUCCCAUGCUGUUUCAGUGUGCACAUACAGACUAUAAACGCACUGCAUGCAGACUUUAUACAUAUUAGUUGUAUUCCUGACUACAGAUUAAGUUCAGUGCCACAUCUGUGAAAUGGUUGUCGAUGCUGUGAGAACCUCAUCAUUGAUGGAAAGUAAAAUGCACAUGUAUCUUGACAGGGGUUUAAAAGUUGAGAAAGUUUGGUGUGCAAUAUAAUCACUUUUAUUCCUAAUACUAAAAUCAUGUAUGUAAAGUGAUACAAUUGACCAUUUUUUUGCACUUUGGCUUUUAUAAAUAUUUAUAUGUAUUUAAAGACUAAGAAUAUGUGAGUGUGUAUACAUAUAUAUUAGAAACCUGCUCAGUUUUGUAAACAUGAAUGUUACUUUUCUGUAUGAGAGACUUUGUGUUAACACUACUGCAGUAUGCAUAAACAAUUUAUAAAAUAUGACUAAUAAGAAGUGGCAGUCAACAUAGAUGCAAUCUGUAAUCUUAACUGCUCACCUGAAAAACAACAAAAAAGAGGGAUUUAUGGCUAUCAAUCAGAUUAUUUACCAGAAACAUUGUUAGAUAUAUGAACACUGAGUAGCUGAAUGGCAUUGCAGAAAUGGAGUAUGUUUUAAAAUGUUCUGUGCUCAUAUCGUUUUUCCUCAAAAAAAAAAAAAAAUCCAAUCGGGGAAAAAACAAAAACACAAAAAAACAACAACCAAACAAAAAAAACACCACCCUUAAAGAAACCUGGCUUUUUGAAAUCUGGAUAAGCAGCCUGUAAGUGUGCUUUGAGGAAACAGUGUGAUAUGACAAGCUUCAUUUUAUGUAAUGGAAAAUGACAAAAACAUGAGUAACGAAUGGCAAAAUCAAGGUUUUGUCUGCACAGAUUUUACUAAACAAACGAGUCUGACUGGAAACUAGUGUUUGCAAACAGCCUGUGAAGCUUUAUCUUGUUUCUGGUAAGGGUUUGCAUUUCCUUGUCAAAAUAAUGAAAAUUAAACUGAACCUUAACUGAGAAUUAACUGGUUGGUUGUUAAGACUGUUAGGGACUAAAGGACUAUUAUUUUUUUGUCUUUUGGAGUCCUAACAGAGUGCACAUACGUUUAUUCAAAACUAAGUGUGUGUUGGGGGAAGUAAUUCCAUAUGUUUUAUUUUUCUUUCCUGAAGGAAAGA